AUGGUUAUUCUGUUGAAAUUGGCUUUUGUUCUUUUUGCUUAUUUGGCGACAAUUUUUGCCGAGAAGGAAAAGGACUUGAGAGUUACACAAAAAGGUAUAUUUUUAAUACUUUUAAAGCCAAGUAAUAAAAUUAAAUUUUCAGUAUAUUUUGAUAUUUCUGUUGGAGGUGUAAGCAAAGGUCGAGUUGUCAUUGGGCUUUUUGGAGAGAUUGUACCAAAGACUGCAAAGAAUUUUUUGGAACUCUCUAAAGGAUCCAUGGGUUUUGGCUACAAAGGAUCAAAAUUUCAUCGUGUUAUCAGAAACUUUAUGAUUCAAGGUUCUAUUAACUUUUUAAAUUUUUUAUAA